GGCGGAGCGCCGGGCAUCCUAGCAGAGCUGGAGAGGAGGCGAGCGGGAGGAGAGGGCGACGAACUCUAGCUGGCGCAUAGGGACCGCGGCUGUCACUGCGCUCCGAGCACCCCGGGGGCUUCCCGAGUGGACGAGCCGGCCUCGCGGGAACUGCGGGUGCAGCCCCAGCCCCCUGCCCCUCUCGCAGCGCUCGUGGAGCCUCACGCCCCGGGCGAGCGUUCGUGAUUUAGCACAAAGCACGUUUCCAAACAGCAGCGCUAGGGAGAGCGCCCGGGCCGCGCUCCCGAGUACGCAUCCCCUCUUCCCCUUUGUUUCGGGCGUCGACAGGCUGCUCUCCUCCCCAAGUCUGAAUUCUUCGCGAGGGGCGGAGGGCCGCCGAGGCUGGGCUGUGAAGAUGCCCCUGGAGCUGACUCAGAGCCGGGUGCAGAAGAUCUGGAUCCCCGUCGACCACCGCCCCUCGCUGCCCAGAUCCUGUGGGCCGAAGCUCACCAACUCCCCGACGGUGAUCGUCAUGGUGGGCCUCCCUGCCCGGGGUAAGACCUACAUCUCCAAGAAGCUGACUCGCUACCUCAACUGGAUUGGCGUCCCCACAAAAGUGUUCAAUGUCGGGGAGUACCGCCGGGAGGCCGUGAAGCAGUAUAGCUCCUACAACUUCUUUCGCCCUGACAACGAGGAGGCCAUGAGAGUGCGGAAGCAGUGCGCUCUGGCUGCCUUGAGAGACGUCAAAAGCUACCUGACGAAGGAAGGCGGCCAAAUUGCAGUUUUCGAUGCCACCAAUACUACUAGAGAGAGGAGACACAUGAUCCUUCAUUUUGCCAAAGAAAAUGAUUUCAAGGUGUUUUUCAUCGAGUCUGUGUGUGAUGACCCUACGGUUGUAGCCUCCAACAUCAUGGAAGUGAAAAUCUCCAGCCCGGAUUACCGAGACUGCAACUCAGCAGAAGCGAUGGACGACUUCAUGAAGAGAAUCAGCUGCUACGAAGCCAGCUACCAGCCCCUCGACCCCGACAAAUGUGACAGGGACCUGUCCCUGAUCAAGGUGAUCGAUGUGGGCCGGCGGUUCCUGGUGAACAGAGUGCAGGAUCACAUCCAGAGCCGAAUCGUGUACUAUCUGAUGAACAUCCACGUGCAGCCUCGCACCAUCUACCUGUGUCGCCAUGGCGAGAGCGAGCACAACCUCCAGGGGAAGAUUGGAGGAGACUCAGGCCUGUCCAGCAGGGGCAGGAAGUUUGCCAAUGCCCUGAGCAAGUUUGUGGAGGAGCAGAACCUGAAGGACCUCAAGGUGUGGACCAGCCAGCUGAAAAGCACCAUCCAGACGGCGGAAGCCCUUCGGCUCCCCUACGAGCAGUGGAAGGCGCUCAAUGAAAUUGACGCUGGUGUCUGUGAGGAGAUGACCUACGAGGAGAUCAAGGACACCUACCCUGAGGAGUACGCUCUGCGCGAGCAGGACAAGUACUACUACCGCUACCCCACCGGGGAGUCCUACCAGGACCUGGUCCAGCGCCUGGAGCCCGUGAUCAUGGAGCUGGAGCGGCAGGAAAACGUGCUAGUCAUCUGCCACCAGGCCGUCCUGCGAUGCCUCCUGGCCUACUUCCUGGAUAAGAGUGCAGAGGAGAUGCCUUACCUGAAAUGCCCACUCCACACCGUCCUGAAGCUGACGCCCAUUGCUUAUGGUUGCCGUGUAGAAUCCAUCUACCUGAAUGUGGAGUCGGUGAAUACACACCGGGAGAGGUCAGAGGAUGCAAAGAAGGGACCUAACCCGCUCAUGAGACGCAAUAGUGUCACCCCACUAGCCAGCCCCGAGCCCAGCAAAAAGCCUCGCAUCAACAGCUUUGAGGAGCAUGUGGCCUCCACCUCCGCCGCCCUGCCCAACUGCCUGCCCCCGGAGGUGCCCACGCAGCUGCCCGGACAAAACAUGAAGGGCUCCCAGAGCAGCGUCGACUCAUCCAGGACACACUGAGGCAGACCCAUCGGUCCCAUUCCAUCUCCAUUUCUGCACCUAGCUAGCACCCUUCCUUCUCCCCGAGGCCAGAUGAUCCCAAGGACUGCUCCCAGAACGGGGUGGGGUGGUGUAGAAGAGGUUCUGCUGGUCGAAGAGAACCCGUACCCCCAACAGCAUCAGGGUGGCCUUGCCUGUGUGCAGAACCCGUCGCUUCUGCCUCAAGUGGCACGCCACCCUGCCCUCUGCCCUCUGCCCUGCCUGGCCUUGCAGGGCUGUGUGGCCUCCCUGACCCUCCACGAGGCUUGGUGAGGACGAUGGGCAGCGGAGGAGGUGAGAAGGCCCUGAGGGGAGACGUUGGGUGCCUCCGUGCUGUUUUGUUUCCUUUCUGUGAUCUGGGCCUGGUAGGUCCCCAGCUGGGGAGAUGACACUCUUCUGAACGCUAGAUUAAAGGGGGCCCCGAUCCCAGCUGCUGAAGGUUAAGGGAUGUUGAAAACUUUCACGAGGCUCCGUUGUGCAUCUUGGCCACCGGGAGAGCCAGUCCCAGCGGUGGAGAGAGAAGUCUCCGAGCUAGACUUGGUCAGCUGAGCAGCGGCCCUCCAGCGUGUCCACACACCUCCCCAGGUCGUGUUCUGCCUCUAAAGAUGGUGAAGGACGGUCUGGCUGUCUAGGCACGAGGAAGUGCUUU